GGCUUUAUUCGGGCCCAAUGGCGAGAAGGAAUGCCAGCUGAAAGGUGGCCAGGAAACCGAAGCCAUGUGGACGCGCUAACGCCUUGCGCCAAGUCCAAUAUUAUUCAGUUCGAAUUUGAUCGAAGGGGCAGCUUUUCUGGGGCUCGCAGAGCACAGCGCAUCAAAUUCGACUCCACGUCGAGCAUCCACACCUCCGAAGCUUUUCAUGUCGGGCAUGCGAUGUUUUGCAACAUUGCUCGUUGCGACUCUGUGCGUGUAAAGUUCGUUCUCCGAGCAUUUCAUACGCGCGAUCGCUUCUCGCAUUCUCUGGGCAAGAACGCGCUGCCGAUUCGAACUCCUCUCGAAGCUGCCGCGGGAGGGCUUCGAUCUUCAGGCCUGUCGGACCCGAGUUUCCGUCAGCAAUCGCCGAACAGAUCAACAGUACGAGCGCAAUCGAACAUGAGAGGCGACGACGGGACUGCGGAUGGAGGUGUCGUUCACAAGUUUACCAAUAGGCUGAGCAAAGAGCAGAGCCCGUACCUUCUGCAGCACGCCCGUAAUCCGGUGGACUGGUUUCCAUGGGGCCAGGAGGCAUUUUCGAAGGCACUUGCAGAAGACAAGCCAAUUUUCUUAUCAGUGGGCUAUAGCACCUGCCAUUGGUGUCAUGUCAUGGAGGUGGAGUCUUUUGAAAAUGAACAGGUCGCAAACCUUAUGAACGAGUGGUUUGUAAAUAUCAAGGUUGAUAGAGAGGAGCGGCCAGAUGUUGACAAGGUAUACAUGACCUACGUUCAAGCAACCCAAGGUGGAGGUGGAUGGCCUAUGAGUGUGUUUCUUACACCAGAUCUCAAGCCCAUCGUGGGAGGCACGUAUUUCGCUCCAGAAGACAAAUACGGGAGACCUGGCUUCAAGACAGUGCUGAAACGCGUGAAGGAAGUUUGGGCAACCAAAAAGGAUGCUCUCCGGGAAGCUGGGGAUCAGGUUGUUCAGCAACUCGCAGAAGCCACUUCCGCCAGCUCUACUUCUCAGGAUUUGCCGGAGGGAAUUGCACAACAAGCAGUUCAGCUUUGUGCAAAUCAGCUCACUAAAGGAUUUGACUCAAAGCUUGGUGGUUUCGGUUUGCCACCGAAGUUUCCACGACCUGUAGAGAUUGCGGUCAUGCUUCAACGAUAUAAGCGUUUAGAUCAGAGUGGCAAAGAAACAGCUGCCAAUAAAGCCUUGGAUAUGGCACUUUCUAGUCUUCGAUGUAUGGCACGAGGUGGAGUUCAUGAUCAUGUAGGAGGUGGUUUUCAUCGGUACAGUGUAGACGAGUACUGGCAUGUUCCACAUUUUGAGAAGAUGCUCUAUGAUCAAGGGCAGCUGGUGAAUGUGUAUCUGGAUGCAUUUGUCAUAUGGAAGGAGACUCAGUAUGCGUUGGUGGCACGUGAUAUAUUAGACUACCUACGACGCGAGAUGACCCAUGCCGAUGGCGGCAUCUUCUCCGCUGAAGAUGCAGAUAGUGCAGAGUUUGAAGGAGCUGCAAGAAAGAAAGAGGGUGCGUUUUAUGUGUGGACUAAUCAAGAGAUUGAGGAAGUUCUUGGUGAGGAGCGCGCAGCAGUUUUUGCAACUCAUUACUACGUCAAACCCGAUGGGAAUUGUGAUCUAUCACGAAUGAGUGAUCCUCAUAACGAAUUCGUAGGGAAGAAUGUCCUAAUUGAACGCAAAAGUUUUGCGGAGACAGCCGCAAAAGUGGGUCAUUCUGUGGAGGACCUUGCCGAAAUCAUUGGACAGUGUCGAGAAGAGUUGUACGCUUUUAGGCAAAGAAGACCUUCACCACAGCUGGAUGAUAAGGUCAUUGUUGCCUGGAACGGUCUAGCAAUAUCAGCAUUUUCUCGCGCCUCCAGAAUUUUGGGACUGGAACCACAGGGUCUGCAAUAUCACUUCCCUGUGACUGGAUGUAAUCCAAAAGAGUAUCUUCAUGCCGCAGAAAAAGCGGCUGCAUUUAUACGAGCGAAACUUUAUGACGAGAAAGCAAAGCGUCUUUGUCGUAGUUACCGUCAAAGGCCAUCUGUGGCCCCUGGAUUCUUGGAUGACUAUUCAUUUCUCAUCAAUGGGCUUCUGGAUCUCUAUGAGGCGGGUGGAGAUACACAGUGGCUUUCAUGGGCCCUAGAACUGCAAACUGCACAGGAUGAUCAGUUUUUGGAUAAGGUGGGGGGUGGCUAUUACAGUACGGCAGAAGGAGAUUCUUCUAUCCUAUUCCGGGUAAAAGAGGAUUAUGACGGUGCUGAGCCAUCUGGAAACUCAGUUGCUGCUCUCAACCUUUUACGGCUGUCAUCUCUUCUGAGUGGUGACAUGUCUGAACAAUUUCAUCGCACCGCAGAACAUCUUAUGUCUGUGUUCGAGGCCAAAGUUAGGGAAGUAGCAAUGGCAAUACCGCUAAUGUGCUGUGCAUUCGACUCAUUUGCUGGACCAUCAAAGCGACAAAUCGUUAUUGCCGGUGUAAAGCAUGCUCCAGAUACAGACGCCUUAGUAACCGCUGCCCACUCAGCUUAUGACCCUGACAAAAUAAUUUUGCAGAUAGACGAGACUGAUGCUGUAGACCAGGAGUUUUGGAAAGUCCAUAAUCCGAUGGCCCUAGCCAUGGCUAGGCGAAGUCGCGAGGGAAAAGCUUUGGCUUAUGUUUGUCAGAAUUUUACCUGUCUUGCCCCUGUAAGCGAUCCUCAAAGUUUAGAGCAGCUAUUGAGGUCACCUCCAGCUGCUGCGAAAGUGACUAAUUUUAAGCCUGGAUCUACAGUCAAAUGAAGACCUAAAUUAUAGCGAUGUUCUGUCGGUAGGGCGUUUCCAGAUUCAGUAGGGAGCUGAAGCUCAUCUGAAAUCUCCAGCAUGAGCUGUGUUUGAUAUCUGGAUACUUUUGUACAUUAACCUCAUCUUUGCAAAACAGCUGUGUUGUACCUCUGAAGAUUUCCUUAGCAGGACCGUAAUUAUAGAUUGCAGAUAUGGCGGAAAUGUAUUCCUGAUGGCCAUGUACCAGUCAUCUGCAGCUACACUUUAGCAUUACCGCAUUCUCUUCUCUACGGGGGAUCACAAAUAUAGCGGGAUACGUCUAGCGUAGACGAAAGGAUAGGGCGUGAGAAGUCUCUGAUGUAAAUUACAGAAGAGUAUAGACUGAACAGAAAAUGAAUGAGGUGCACAAACCUGAGUUUCGACUCUUAACCUUCCAAGGCAUGAUCUGAUAUCUUUGGGUAAUCUUUCUGUGUAGAGAAGAAUUAUAAUAUUUGUACGACUUCAUUGAGACCUUGAUUUAAAAAGACUGUUCAACCACAAAUACAACAAACAAAUGCGUCA